AUGGAAUUUUCUUUUGAUAUAAAUAACAUUUUACCUCAUGAAAUAACUAUCAUUAAUGGAGACUAUCGGAUACUGAAUCACGGCCAAACAGCACGAAUAUCAGCGCCUGACAGACUGACAUCUAUUAUUGAUGCCUUAGGUGACGCUUCUUUUAGAGCACAGGGAUUACCUGGUCCGGUUACUACUGCACGUAAAUUUCGUAUAUCUGAUCAUCGUUUAUAUCUUGUUAAAAAUUCCAGUGAUCACAAUAACUUAGGUUCGGUCGUUGGCUUUUUAAAAGUUGGUGCAAAAAAUUUAUUCGUUCAUGAUUCUCAUGGUCAAGUACAUGAACGAACUCCGUUAUGUUUAUUAGAUUUUUUCGUUCAUGAAAGUAAACAAAGAUCAGGAUAUGGAAAACAGUUAUUCGAAGCAAUGCUUGAAUUCGAAAAAUGUAAUGCUUAUGAAUUAGCUAUUGAUCGUCCAUCAAACAAAUGUCUUGGCUUUCUUCAUAAACAUUAUAGUCUUUCAUCGCCAGUUCGUCAAGUUAAUAAUUUUGUUGUAUUUGGCGCUUUUUUCAAUCGAUCACCGAUCAAUUUAAAUCGAAAACUCUCGGCAUCAAAACAAAGAAAUGAAACAAGCUUACCAAAUGAUCUUUAUCGGCGUCAAGAGUCAACACCUUGGCUGUUGCCAUCAGAAAAACAACAACAAAAUCGCCGCCCAUUGACCGAACAUAGUGAAUUCAAUCGCAAUAAUAAUCGAUUAAAAAUAUUAUCGGACGAAAACGAAAUGUUUAAUAAUCGACAACAAGUACCAAUCAUGGGAAAUCCAUUGUUUAACAAUGAGAGAAAGCCUGCUUCUGCGUUCCCUACACCAUAUGGUCAUCGCUAUACUCAAAAUGCUUUAACGCGUGAACCAAAUAAAACAAAUGAAAUCAGUCAUUCAGCACCCUACAUGCCUCGACACCAAGCCGAAGUAUUCAAUGAAAACAAUCCUUUUCCAAGUCUUCAACGUUAUAAUACAAAUCCAGUAAUGUCUUCAAAUAAACAAUCAACAGCAAAUCCACAACAGAAUUUUACAUAUAAAGAAUAUCAAUCAUCCUCGACUGUCAGUGCGCCUCCGCAAAGAAAUUUUGAGAUUCCAUCAAAAUCCGAGUCACUUACUUCAAUCUAUACAUUUCCAUCAUUAGUUAAAACAAAUGCUAAUUGGCGUAGACCACAACAACAACAAACAACUUAUGAUGGUUCAUCAUCAUCGACAUGGCGACUUUUUGGUGUACAUCGUUUACUUAACUAA